UGCAUGUCAGUUUUCCCGCGCUUUGUGCCUUUGUUGUAUUAAGUAGCGUGUGCGUGUGUGAAUACACAUUAAACAAAUUUAAUUUACAUGCUUGUAAAAACCACACAAGUGAUAUGGCUGAAGUAGAUGUGGACCAAAGAAUCAGAGAUAUCCAGCGUGAAUACUUGGAUUUUCUAGAUGAUGAGGAGGACCAGGACUUGUACUCGCAGCUGGUGCGUGCCAUGGCGGCCGACAAGAAGAGGCGCCUCACCGUCAACAUCAACGACCUGCGCAGGAAGAACCCCCGGAGGGCUGCCAGCCUCCUGAGCAACGGCUUCGAGGAGCAGCUGGCGUUCCAGAGGGCGCUGAAGGAGCUGGUGGGCAGCGUGGACCCCACCUUCGCCAAGGAGACGGAGGAGUUCUUCGUGGCCUUCGAGGGCAGCUUCGGGGGGAAGCACGUGACCCCGCGCUCGCUCAUGUGCCGCCACCUGGGCAACCUGGUGUGCGUCGAGGGCAUCGUCACCAAGUGCUCGUUGGUGCGACCGAAGGUUGUUCGGAGCGUGCACUUCUGCCCUGCCACGCGCAAGGUGAUGGAGCGGCGCUACACGGAUCUCACCUCUAAUGAUGCCUUUCCUUCGUCUGCAGUCUACCCCACCAAGGACGAGGAUGGCAACACGCUGGAGACGGAGUUCGGGCUGUCACUGUACAAGGACCACCAGACGCUCUCCAUCCAGGAGAUGCCCGAGAAGGCUCCGGCAGGGCAGCUGCCGCGCUCUGUGGACGUGAUCUGCGACGACGACCUGGUGGACCGCUGCAAGCCGGGCGACAGGGUCCAGGUGGUGGGCAACUACCGCUGCCUGCCCAACAAGCAGGGCUCCUUCACCUCCGGCACCUUCAGGACGGUGCUGAUCGCCAACAACAUCUCGCUGCUGAGCAAGGAGGCGUCCGUGAGCAUCUCCAAGGAGGACGUGAAGAACAUCAAGAAGCUGUCGAACCGGCGCAACACCAAGGACGUGUUCGGGCUGCUGAGCAAGUCGCUGGCGCCGUCCAUCCACGGCCACGACUACAUCAAGAGGGCCAUCCUGUGCAUGCUGCUGGGCGGCACGGAGAAGGUGCUCCCCAACGGCACGCGCCUCCGAGGGGACAUAAACGUGCUCCUCAUAGGCGACCCGAGCGUGGCCAAGUCGCAGCUGCUGCGCUACGUGCUGUGCACUGCGCCUCGCGCCAUCCCCACCACCGGCCGGGGCUCGUCGGGCGUGGGGCUCACGGCGGCCGUAACCACGGACCAGGAGACGGGAGAGCGCAGGCUGGAGGCCGGGGCCAUGGUGCUGGCGGACAGGGGCAUCGUGUGCAUCGACGAGUUCGACAAGAUGUCGGACAUCGACCGCACGGCCAUCCACGAGGUGAUGGAGCAAGGCCGCGUCACCAUCGCGAAGGCGGGCAUCCACGCCAGCCUGAACGCCCGCUGCUCCGUGCUGGCGGCUGCCAACCCCGUCUACGGCAGGUACGACCAGUACAAGACGCCCAUGGAGAACAUCGGCCUGCAGGACUCGUUGCUGUCCCGUUUCGACCUGCUGUUCGUGAUGCUGGACACGGUGGACGGGGAGUACGAUCGCAGGAUCUCCGACCACGUGGUGCGCAUGCACCGGUACAGGAACCCCACGGAGCAGGACGGGGAGGUGCUGCCCAUGGGCUCCUCCGUCGACCUCCUGAGCACCCGCAGCCCGGCCGAAGAGGAGCAGCCGGCCGCCCGCGACGUCUACGAGAAGUACGACGCCCUGCUGCACGGCUCUUCCCGCUCCAAGACGGAGAAGAUAGUGAGCAUGGGCUUCAUGCGCAAGUACCUGCAGCUGGCCAAGGGCCUGAAGCCGGUGCUGACGGAGGAGGCCUCGGAGCUGAUAGCAGAGCAGUACUCCCGCCUGCGCUCCCAGGACUCCAUGGACAUGGACGUGGCCCGGACGCAGCCCGUGACGCCCCGCACUCUGGAGACCCUCAUUCGGCUGUCGACGGCCCACGCCAAGGCCCGCAUGUCCAACACCAUCCUGGCCGAGGAUGCCCAGGCGGCCAUUGAACUGGUGCAGUUUGCCUACUUCAAGAAGGUGCUGGAGAAGGAGAAGAAGCGUCGCCAUGGUAAUGAGAGCGAGGACGAAUCUUCUGACGACGACGAUGACGACGCUCGCGGCAAGAGGAGGAAGCAGCGCAAGAAGGCCGCGGGCAGCCAGGACGUGUACGAGUGGGCGUCCGGGGACGAGGGGCCAGGGGGCAGCGGCGACGAGCGGCCCACGGCGGGCAGCGAGGCUACCGCCCCCCACAGCGAGGCUACCGCCCCCCACAGCGAGGAGACUCCUAGCGAGGCCACGCCCAGCACCGCGGUGCUGGAACUCUCCGAGGAGAGGCUGAAGGUGUUCAAGGCGGGCCUGGCCGGGGUGUUCCGGGAGAAGCGCGCACAGUCGCUGUCGCGCGCCGUGCUGGUGGAAGCCAUCAACAGCGGCUGUCCGGAGCCUUUCAGCGCAGAGGAGGCGAGCGGGGCCCUGGAUCAGCUCACGCAGCUCAACCACGUCAUGGUCGCAGAUGACUUUGUCAUCCUCAUAUAGGCAAUGCCUACCCCUCUGUGUUGCCACAAGUUGAUCCCCAUUGACAGGACUGUGUCAUUUCAGGAUUUCACAGUGUGUAUCCUCAGUAUAACAACUUCUUACUGAAGAGAAAUAAACUCUAAUGAUAGCAAUAUUUUUUUACAAUUGUUUCUACGUUUUCAUUGUUAGACCUUUGUGAAUAUCAGUUUUAUUGUUUGAAUCAAAUUGAAAUACAAAUGUCAAAAUAUUCUUGAUUAAGAAUAUCAGGUUCAUAUACAAAGAAUGGAGGGAAAAUAUUUCCGUCAACAUUUUUUAUGAUAGUUUUUAAGUAAUUAUUUAACUAAUGCUAUAAGCAAUAUGCUUUUGAAUUUAUUUGUUGUUUGCAAACAGUUUACUGUUUGCUUAUUGUCAACAUGUUCAAGAAUUCCUAGAUUACAGAUUAUACUGCAGUUCGAACUUAGCAUUUUUUCUUUUUACUGUGCAAAUAUUAAAUUAAACUCUGGGUAGUUAUACCAUGCCUAUUUAUGUAUUUGAACUGUGUAUACUCUCAUUAAUAUUGUAAAACAAUGGCUUUGGACCUCAGUGUUGGUAGUUAUUUGAGGUAAUAGGCAACAGCUUUGCUACACUUAGUAUAAAAUCAGGUAUUUGUUAUUAGGAAGGAGGUAACAUUAUUUUUAUCAGUAAGUUGUACACAUGCAGGAACAAGUAUGAAAUUUCAUUUAAAAAAGAAACUCGCACAUUUGAACUGCAUGCAAGACUGGAAUGGUAUGUAUGGUCUUAAGUAGUUUAUAAUUAUAUUGUCAGUUGUCUGAUAUCCCGUAAAUAUUGGAUGUAUUCAUCUGGAUUUUUGUAAUAUAUAGUUAUUCUGAAAGUUGAAAUCAGUGAUUUUUAUCUUCAAAUAAAUUUAACUACCAUAGAAAAAGGACAUUUGUUACACCCUGCAUUUCCAACCCAACUUCCUUGAUAUCAGCUGGCAGGGUAUAAAGAAGUAAUGGCCUGAUGUUCGAUUACCAUUAUCGGUUAUCAGGAUUAUUGGUGUUCAACCCCACCUCCAUCCAAUGUCUGCUGUCUGGAAAAAAAAAUGUGUGUUUCACAAUAUAUCUGUUAAUGGAGUACUACAAAAGUGAAGUUUUAGUCUCUUCUUAUUGGCACCUAAACAAUGUGGCAUAAACUUGCUACUGUUGCAAUUUUUUACAUAUUUUUCCUCCCCCUUGUUACCUCUGCCUAAUGUUUUUUAUAUCUGUGACCUUCCCUUCCCCAAGAAGAAAAAGAUGGCAAGCUACCCUGUUUUCUGUGCCUUCUAACAAAACUAGUAUGCUCAUGUGGUCAGCAAAAAAUAUUUGUCCUGGCACAGUUGCACAAUGAAAAUCUAUGAUGAUGGACACAUUAAGAUUGUGUUAUUUUUAGGCCUGUGCGAAUAUUCGAGUUUUCGAAUAUCAAAACGAAUAGUUUAUUAUUCGUAUUCGAUUCGAUUUCGAAUACUAACACUUCGAAAAAACGAAUAUUUGGUCAUUUACGAAAAAGGCUGAGCGGGAUCACUGAAACUGGGAAACAUUUCGGGAUCACAGAGGUUUCUCUCGUUGGGCGGGGGCAAAAGUUCCGCGGGAUUUUCGUAAUGUUUUAGAGUUAUGUACGUGGAGUUAUUCCACUACAUCUGGCCACGUAAAGUAAAGCCCGUUUGAACACAGUAAUUCAGAGCGAUAACUAACGUAUUUUAUGUAGAAGAAUGUCGUCAGGUCGUUUAAAAUAGAUUUGAACUGUCAGCAUACUGAUAAAGAUAAAUACAUGUCUGUAAAAUCCAUACAACCGGGACGUUAUAGGUGACAGUUUUCAGAUUAGAGGGUGAAACAUGGUUUGUCGGCACUGUAAUUUCGUUCCGAACGUGACGGCGAAGAGAAAGAAAAUUGUACAGACCAUGUGGAAAACAUCUGGCCGCAUACUCACAGCAAAGACUCUAAAAGCCUAACAUGCUACGUCAAUGUUUUUCAAUAGGAUAAUACACAGUAAACGACCGGAUGCAGGUGGCAAAAAACCCCCCCCCCCCCCACCACCACUUCAUACCCUUCCCACCCUUCCGAAAUUCUUGGCGUAGUGAUAGCUCAGGCAAUUACCCUGUCCCGCGCGUCAAAAAAAAAAACUCUUGCCAAGAACUUACUUAAAAGCAUGGGAUCACGUUACAUGGUGUACCAAGAUUGUGAAGUAAAUGUGUUUCUUAUGAUGGUAGAUCCACGGUUCAAAUAUUCACUAAUUGAGGAUGAAAAUUAAUAAAAAAUAUGGGUUGAAAAUUUGUGCAGGGAGGUAUGUAAGCUGAGUAAGCUGAACACAGUAGCUGAAACUAUAACUGAGACAAGUGAGGCUACAAGUGAAAUGCCUAUUAAGAAGUCAUCUCUGUGGGCCUACGUGAAACCUUCAAAAGCAGCUCAGUCUACGCUUGCAAGCUACGAAGAAACUAUAACGAAUAUCUGGCAGCAAGCACCCUUAAUCCCAAAGAAUGAAAAUCCUUUCAGUUUCUGGUAAGAGAAGGGGCACACUUGUUUCCGAAACAUAGCUGUGGUAGCAAGAAAGUACUUGCCUAUACCUGCCACACAAGUGUGCAGUGAGAGACUUUUCUCAACAGCUGGCAACAUUGUGACGCGUAGAAAAGAAAGUCUACUCCCCGAAAAUGUAGAGCGGCUUGUGUUUCUCCACAAAAAUUUUAAUUAGCUAAUAUGUAGUGAUGUGACAAGACUCUUUUUAAUACGAACUAAUUAUAAAAUUGGAGAACCUUAAAAUUUUAAGUACUAUAAGUUUUUUGAUUCUACAUACAUUGUAUCGGUAAAUAUGUACCUGUUAUCAUAUUGUAUUGUAAUGUGAUGUGAUAUAACAUGUUUUAUGGGAUUUCAAUUCUCAUUCCAAUUAUUUGAACUCAAUAUUCGUAUUCGAGAAUAAUUUGGUAUUCGUAUUCGAAUUCGAUUCAAACUAAAAAACUGAUAUUCGCACAGGCUUAGUUAUUUUAUUAUGGGCUAGUUCAUGGUUUUUUUUUCAACGAGGCAGAAGAACUUAUUUACACAGCUCUAAAUAUUGUCGUGCAACUUACGAAUACCUGGCUGGUUUAUUUAUGGGUUUUCCCCUCUAGCGGAAUGUUAGUGCAGCAAAUAGCCUUAUCACUUGGCGGAUUGAGACGAUUCUAAUUUGGAUUCAUGUACACAAAAAAAAUUGAUGCAAUAAACUAAUAAACUAUACAA